GGUGACUUUGGAGCCAUUAGUUGGAGCAGAAACGUACGUCAAUGGAAAACGAAUCACUGAUGGUGUUGUACUCAAACAAGGUAACCGUAUAGUGAUGGGGAAGAGCCAUGUGUUCAGGUUUAACCACCCUGAGCAGGCCCGCUUAGAGAGAGAGCGCAGUGCCACACAGGAGCAGCAGGGGGAGCCGGUGGACUGGAGCUACGCACAGGAAGAACUGCUGGAGAAACAAGGCAUUGACAUAAAGCAGGAGAUGGAGAAGAGACUGCAGGAUCUGGAGAAUCAGUACCGCAAAGAGAAGGAGGAGGCCGACCAGAUACUGGAACAGCAGAGACUG